UAUGGAAACAUGGCUAGGGAACACUUGGUAAACCGAAGUAAACCGGUUUGGUUCAAUUUAGAUUUGGUUCGGUUUGGUCGAACCACCUGAAACCGUCAGAUUUGUCUGAAUGAUCUCAUCUGACCAGCUUUUUGUUAGCCAAAGCCAAACAGAGGCAAUCCUCCCCCUCCUCCAAUGGCGGCAUCAAGCAGCAGCUUUUGCAGCUCUUCUCCUCAGACUCUCCAUCAACAGUCUCUAUCCAGCUUUCUCCCUUCACGAUCUUCCCAUUUAAAACCCUCGUUUUGUAUCUCCGUCGGAGAAUUUUUUCCCGCGAAGCCCGUCUCUAUCUCCAGGAAAUCUCGUCGGAGACCCAUCGCCGUCGCCGCCGCCGCCGGUUCCGGUUCGUCGGGAGACGGGAUAUCUUCUUCGCCUGCGAAGAAGCUAAGAGAGGUUCUGGAAUCGGCUGGCGUUCAUCAGGGUCCGUGUUGCUUUUACGCUCUUAGCGCUAAGCUCGUCGAGCGAGCUGGGUUUCGUUUCUCUAUCGCCAGCGGGCUCUCUAUAUCAGCUGUUCGGUUGGGGUUGCCGGAUAAAGGGCUUAUUUCGUACGGAGAAAUGGUGGAACAAGGUGAGCAAAUUACGCGAGCUGUGUCUGUUCCCGUCAUUGGAGAUGGUGGCAGUGGAUACGGGAAUGCGAUGAAUCUGAAGAGGACUGUCAAGGGAUAUAUUAAAGCCGGCUUUGCGGGAAUUAUUCUUGACGAUCAGGUGUAUCCGAAAGCUUCUGGCAAUAAGCACGGGAGAAAAGUGGUUUCAAGAGAGGAAGCGGUUAUACGCAUAAAGGCAGCGGUGGAUGCGCGGCAAGAGAGCGACUCGGACAUCGUCAUUGUGGCUCAAACCGAUUCAAGGGAAGCGAUAUCGCUGGAUGAAUCUCUGUGGAGGGCGAGGGCUUUUGCAGAUGCUGGAGCAGAUGUUCUCUCCAUCAAAAUGCUCACUUCUAGAGAAGAAAUGAAGGGUUUAUGCAAUGUCUAUCCCCUCAUUCCGAAACUGGUUAGUAUGCUUGAAGUCGGAGGCAAAACACCGAUCCUGAAUCCUCUUGAGCUAGAAGAGAUUGGAUUUAAGCUAGUUGCAUAUCCACUUUCCUUGAUGGGAGUAUCUAUCCAAGCAAUGCAGGAUUCUCUAUCGGCGAUCAAGGGUGGCCGAAUUCUUCCGCCCGGAAGCAUGCCAUCCCUCGAUGAGAUCAAUGAGAUUUUGGGUUUCGACUCAUAUCACGAAGAAGAGAGGCGUUAUGCUAUUUCCUCGUCUGAUGGAGCGAGCAGUAAUGUGUAUGGCAUUGAAAGAGCUGAACAAGAUGAUGACAGAGAUGAGAAAACCCAGAGUUAUGAGGACCCUGUUGUCGAAGUCAUAACUCCUGAAGUGUACAAUGACUACCGCACAGAUGGAUCGAGAGACCCGUUCACCAGAAUCUGGUCCCGAACCCUUAGGAUCAAGAUCACCGGACGUGAUGGUUUCGAGAAGCUCGACGUCCCAAAUUAUGCCGGGUUCUUGGAAGGCGUCACCAACAUAGUUCCAGCUUUAGGAGGGGUGAACCUGAAGCAAAUGCUGGACGACGCAGCUGAUGAACCGGGAGGGAAGAUCCUGGUGGAUUUCAACGACUCCAUGGGUGACAGAAUUCAAGUCUUCUUAGCUUGAAUGAUACAUGUUUACCUGCAAUAUAUAAUAUACCACACCCGAAAAGAGAAGCAAAAUACCAAGAAGAUGGAAAAUAAAGUGGAGACUUCGUUGAUGAGAAAACUGUAAUUCACGGAUUCAAACGGAAAAGGGACAACAAAAAUGUGUUGUGUUAUA